AUGGCAGCUGUGCUUGCUUCACAAGGUUGCUAUCGCCAAAACAUUGAUUUAACUGAACAGGGAAGGCAAAUUGAUGAUCUCAGUUUCGCCGCAUCUGUCCCCAACAUGAAACUCUCUAAGGUGGAUAUCCACGGCCACAAUUCCUCUCAGACAAGGACAGUUUUACGCUUGCGGGCACAAGGAGAACAGACAGAAUCAGCAAGGUUUGCAGCCAAUGGGCGGGCUUCAAAGAUGGUUUCAACGAGAGAGUUAACGAGGAGCAAGGACCUCUCUUCUCAAAACGGAGCGCCAAUAAAUGGUUCGAGGUUACCCAUUAAUGGGGCAAGUCUAGUGAAAAGGAAGAGUAAUGGUUCUUCUCUUGUCAAGACUCAGAAAACUGGACCCUCAAAAGAACUCCCUUUUGCAGAGGAGCUUAGGGUAUUUCCCUCAGAUCAAAAUUUCAGCUGGGCCAAAGACGAUUACAAUUCAUGGCAAAGGUCUUUCGAUAUAUGGACUUUUGUGCUAUCCUUUCGUUUGCGAAUUCUGGCUGACAAUGCAAAAUGGGCGUAUCCUGAUGGCUUUACUGAAGAAAAGCAGGUACAUUAAGGAAAUUCACGCUCAGCUCUCAUUUACUGCACAAUUUUCUUCCUGUAAUUCCUUUUCGCAAUGCCAUUUCUCAUUUGCGAGACAUAAAUUUCGUUCCCAAUGCUUGAUUGCGACAUUAACGUAACCGUAAAUAAAUUGCUAGCAAUAUGGGUCCUAUUUCAUGUCAGGAAAAUAUUGUUUUGGUGCCUAAAUGGUCCUACGGUCGUUUCAUGUGAUGAAAUGGUCACUUUCAUUCUGCACUUCUUAUUGACACAUGGGACAUUUAACUGUCUAACAUUAUUCCAAUUUUCUGUGUUAUUAUUUUUGCUGUGAAGAAAACCAGAAGGCGAAGAACUGCCUCAUGGCUGAGGGAAAAAGUUUUGCAGCUUGGUCCAACGUUUAUAAAAUUAGGGCAGCUAUCAUCAACAAGGUCCGACCUGUUUCCGAGAGAGUUUGUAGACGAGCUUGCAAAGUUGCAGGUAACUUCUAUUCUUGUAAAUUAUGUUUUUAUCUAUCAUACAAAACGCUAUAUCGCUUUUGUGUUGAAGUAUUUUUUCUAUUGAGAAAUAUCUUAAGAGAACUUAUUGGAGGGUACCUGAGAGGUUAAUAUUAUGCUUACGGGUCGUCUGCUUUUCUUCUCUUUUUUUUGCCCAUUUAGUCUUAUGCAUCUGGUAGGACCCUUCUACGAAAUAGUUUUGUUUCCUACGGGGUUGAUCUUAAAAACUGUACAAUCUAUGGUAGUUGAGGGGAGAGCCACCAGCUGUGAAUCAGUCUUUGAGAAUGCAUGCGUACUCUAUUGAACUGAAAUAUUUUGUUCUUGACAAUGCAGGAUCGUGUUCCUGCAUUUUCACCUGAAAAAGCGAAAGUUUUCAUACAAGAAGAGUUGGGCUCUCCAAUAAACGUACUUUUCAAGGAAUUUGAAGAUCAACCAAUAGCUGCUGCUAGUCUUGGUCAGGUGUUUGACUGCAUUUAAUCAGUUCUUAUUACAUUAGAAGACCUUUCCCAAAUUUUCCAAGUUUUCCUCAUAUUUGAUCUCUUAUAGUCUAAAAUUUCGUUUUAAUGCUGUUCAUUUUAUUCUUCAUUAGUAGACUACUACGUGAAAUGUGAAACAAAAGAAAUUUAUGGUUCGGUAAAGGGUAGAAUGCGUUCAGUGUGGAUCCUUAGUAGGUUGGUGUCGUCUGCUUGAGUAGCGAUCAAACCAUUUAUACAUUUUUAGAAACGAAAGCUGGAGACAUGACAAUGAUGUCACGGGUAUUGUGCUUCCUUCUUAUAGAGUUAAAAACUAGUGCUGAAUAUGUGCCUCGUAAAAAUGCAGAGUUAGGACUGCAUCAUAUCAAGCUGAUAUGAAUAAACAUGUGCAUGUAUUCUGCUUAAUGGUUUCUAAAAUCACUACCAAAAGCCUGGUUGUACAAUCGGUAUUUGAACUGGAGACACACGUUGAUACUACCGACCAGUCAAGUCACAGCUCUAAAUAGAGAGACCCAAGUAUUUCAUCCAUUGAGCCUCCAUUUUUGUCAAUGCAUUUAUACUGAUUAGAUUAUCGCAGCAUCAUGGACUAGAAUGAUGUUGAAUAUGCUAUAUACAUAUAUCUGAAAAGAGCAUCGUAUUGAUAUUCAUUUAUUUUUAUUUUUUUGCCCAUUUCUGCUUCAUUCAUCAAUGAAAUUUUACCUAGAUUUCCUACUUUAGUUUACCAUGUAAUUAUAGAUAUUAUCAUAUUCCCUGAUGGAGUUUUUGUUUUGCUUUCUUUAGGUGCACCGUGCAAUCCUGCAUAGUGGAGAGAAAGUAGCUGUAAAAGUUCAAAGGCCUGGUCUGAAGAAACUUUUUGAUAUUGAUCUACGUAAGGGAGCUUUUAAUACCUACUCUAUAUUCUGUUCAAAAUGAUAGAAGAAUAUAUCACACCAUAUUUAAACAUUUUCACGUGCUUAAGCUUCUAAAAAUUGGUUUGAAUGAUGUUAUCUUAGGUUCUCAUUUAACUAGAAUAUGUAGAAUUUAUCUAAAAGGUAUUCUAGUUGAUUGACGUUGCUUUUUAUUUGUACGAGUAGUGUCAAGCCGAACACUUGUUUUUCAAGAAAGUUUGACGUUUAAUAAACUAUGAAGUAUAAUUUAGCGCAUGCUCACUUUAGUCAUACCUCUCACAACGUCUUGUAAUUUUAAAUGCACUUAUACUCAAUAUAUUGUCCUGUCUUAUAAAUCAAUUUUUAUGAGCAUGGAUAUAUUUAUAUGAUUUCAAAUACGAGGAUCAUUUAUUAUUAAUACAAUCUUGUUAGGCCAACAUUGUACAUGACAAGAUAGUAUAUGGAUGUGUAUUAUGUUUUAGCAAAAUUGAUUUCAAGAUGGCAAACGGCGAGAUUGCCCAAGGUACUAGUUCAGAAAUCAGUCCACAUCUUCUGACCAUAGUAGAAGAAAAAGGAGAUAGUUGUAAUAGCGUUAAAAGGAACUAUAACCACCAAAGGGAAGGAAACUACCUUCUAAACCUAUUUUAUCCCGACCCUGCGUUUAUACUUCCAGAAACUACAUUGUACUUCCAGAUAAAACCCUGAGAAGAUAAAUUGGACUACAAAUAAUCGUUUUUUAUCAAAUUAAUCUGUAAUUAUGGAGAGAUGUGGUGGAUACUAUCGACAAGGAAAUGGGGGCAUAAGUCAAGGUAGUAAUAAAUGCAUGGAUCGACGAUUGCAUUCAUUUAUAGAAUUUAAAACAUUUGUCACCGACAUACAUUUCAUGCUAUUAACAAUGCAAAACUAGUAUCUUCUGGUGGCUAUAGUAUUGCUACACUUUAUCUUGCCCUUCUAGAUAUGCGCUAUAUUUUUUAUGAAGAAACAUGUGAUUAGGUUCUAAUGCCUAGUUUUUUAGGAGGUUAUUGAAUGCCAUAUGGGAUUUUUAGGAGGUUAUUUAAACUAAAGGAGUUAUUGUUAUUGUUUACCCUUUUCGGAUUAGACUUCUUGUCAUACUAGUAAACAAAUUUGAUCAUGAGUCGGAAUUGUAUAGUCUGAAGGUUCGGAGAAUCAUAAUUGAUGCAUUCUCUUAUUCUCCUAAACCCCCUUUCUGUGUAGGGAAUCUAAAACUUGUGGCGGAAUAUUUCCAGAGAAGUGAAACAUUUGGAGGUCCUACAAGGGAUUGGAUCGGCAUAUAUGAUGAAUGCUCCAAGUAAGCUACAUUCACCUGUUUUCUCUUGCUUUAUCUAUCACUGUUCUGCAGAUGUUUUCCUUUUUUAACUUCACUAUCACUACUUUCCGUUAACUAUGCUACUGCUUGAGCCAAAGUGCACUAGCUUGGUGGUACUACAUAAGAAGGUUAAGGAUUUCUCACCCAGAAGAUGUGAUUUGAGAGGUUAUACAUUUCUUUUAGCGAAUAUGGAGCUUCAAAAUAAUAUAAUCUCAAGUUUCCUUCUUAAAAAAGGUCUGGAAAGCUAGUAGUGAUCUCACAGAGGGUGAUUUUCAUCGUGAACACCUUGUUUUGGGACCCUAAUCUGAAGUUUUGAACAAAUAAUGAGAACUUGUCCCAAAGUAAAUAGCGACAAUCUGAGUAUGAAUAAUUUUCUACUUGCUGGUGCAUUUAAAUUUUUGCUUUUAUAUAUAGUUUUAUUUUAUCCUUUCUAGUUUUCUUGGGGCCUGGUUUGUAUUCUCGUGGAAGAAGGAAAACUCGCACUAUGAUCAGUGCCUCACAUAUCAAAUAUCUUCUUUGGCCACUGACGUUUCCAUGUUAAUUAACCAUUAUGUGGUCACUUUGGAGCUCUUGAAUAUUUGAUAGAAAUUAUCCCAGUCAUUUCUUGCAUUGUUCAGUCUGCAAAAUUAUGAGAUUUUUAGAUAGUAUUAAACAUUUCCGGACAUAAAAUAUUGCUUGAAAUUUUUUGUUUCAUUUUUUUAACCCAAUUUCUAAAAUACAUUCUUUGCUUGGCUGAGGCACUUCCCUUUACCAAUUAUGCAGAUUUUACCCAUUAUUGCGUUCUGUUUUUGUUUUACUUAUAAACCAGUAAAAAGGUCGUCUUUAUAUGUUUGUCUGUCAUGCCUGCUCACGAACAUCUCUUUGUUUUUUAGAUUUUGUAUUGUUUUUGCACGGGAAAAAAAUAGAAAUAGUUGUAUGUUUAUGUAUGAAAUGUCCACUUGUUGUUUGUCUUCCAAUUUCUUUGUUUAUUAGUUUUGAUGUACCAUUAAGUUGUGCUCAGUCCCAUGACUCACAUGGACAUUGUUCAUCGCUGAGAUCUGUUACAUUCUAAAAAAAUUCAGGAUUUUGUACGAAGAAAUUGAUUAUAUCAAUGAAGGGAAAAAUGCUGACAGAUUCCGCCGGGAUUUUCGAAAUGUAAAGUGGGUCCGCGUGCCAGUAAGUUUCUUACAAGAAAAACUCCUUUUUUCUCUUUCAUAUUUUUCCCUUCAUUUUUAUAAUCAAUGAAGACAUCAGCUGAGCGUGGAGUACGCUUAUUUUGAACCUAGUGUUCUUUCCAUGUUCAUAUAAAGAAUCUUAUUCCAGGAUUUAAUUCUGUGUCCUUAUAUUGUAGCUUAUUAUUUGGGACUAUACCUCUACAAAAGUAUUGACUCUGGAGUACGUUCCAGGUUAGAUCAUUUUUCCUUACCUACUUCCUAAUCAAUGGAUAUCUGACCUGUGGACCGCUCAUCAUGCUUUUGAACAGCUUACUCUCUAUGAAUUUACCCUACGUCUUUAGGCUUUAUUGCCAUCUGUUAGAGAUUAUUUCAGCGGAAAUUGAGGCAUAUUUUCGUGAAAACAGGAAUAAAGAUAAAUAACUUGGAGUUGCUAGAUGCGAGGGGAUACAAACGCUCUCUGAUUGCCUCACGUGCAAUAGAGUCAUACCUGAUACAAGUAAGGGACUUUUUGUCCUUCUUUUGGCUAAACUUCGUAUCUACAAUCUGAUUUUUAUGUCAGCAACAAUGUCAUUUCUGUUUUGAACAGUCGUGUACAAUGAGUUGCUCGUAUUAGUGAAUUUCUCUCUAGGAAAUGUCAUUGUAUUGUUAUUAUGUUUUAAAGGCUUUGGGCGAUAGGGAAUGCUGGCCAAGUAUUGUGUGAGUGCAGUUAAAUACUUUGGAUGUGGUACAAUAGGGCACAGGAGAAGAUUGGCGUGAAAUUAAAGAAAAGCAACGAUGCUGAAAGAGAAACAAGAAUGAGUCUUUAGCAGAAACUCAUAGAAUAUCGUUCUGUGGUAAAUUAGAGGAUAUUUUGUUGUGGCUCAAUUUUAUGUGGGCAAUAAGAACAUAGAAACUUUUCUGGUGGCGCUGGAAAAGGCAUAUUAGUACAGAUACAUAUUUUUUCUCAGGAUGAAGUCAAAAGGAUGGUCCUGGUGGCUGAGGAUGAUGAUUUACAGAUUAAAUCACCUGGGACUCAAUGGAGAGCAGAUUAAGCAGCCUGUGCAAUGGCUUCAGACAGAAAAGUGGAGUAAAAUUUUGUUUAGAUUUUUGAUAUCCAAGAGUUUACAGAUUUACUUCAGAACCAGAAUUGAGAGGUUCCUCCAUUUUUGAACUUGCUGGUUUUUUUAUUCUUACGCACUGGUUGUUGCAGGUCUGUUAAAUAUCUCAUAUUUAAUAUAUUAAAUUGUAAGAAGCAGAAGAAAAUCUAAUGGGCUGUUUACUUUCUUAUCUCACUUGGAUUGGCCAAUUUGAAGUCAAACCAAAAUAUACAUUUUUUAAAGAAAAAAAGAUUUUUAAGACUUGGAAAAUACACGUCUGAUAUAUUUACCUAAAGGAUAUUCUGAGAUAAAAUGAUCUUAUACUCCUUCCGGUUAUUUUCUCCCUUUAAAACUUAUCAAAACUAUUCUCUCCUUUUAUCCAUUCUAGUAUGCCCGAUUUUAGUCAAUUUAGAUUUUCCCUUCAGUUUCAAGGGAGAUUGGGAUUUCCCCAAUGAUGCCAGACUUGGAGGGUUGCAGGGUCCUGAUUUCUGUCCAAGUUAGCCUAUGUCGUCCAAAGUUAGCUGAGGUUUCUAGCAUCCACGUCAUCAAAGAAGUGGUAAAGGAAAAAGUAAGGAAAUAGGAAAAGAGGUUGAAAGCUGCAAUGGACAGAACGGUAAGAAGAGGAAAUAGCAUCACAAAAAGAAGGAAAUAAAAAGUGAUAUUAUAAAAUCAUUAAUUUCCUCUCCUGCUGUUGCUUACAGCACACCGCCAGCAGAUCUUUUAGAAAAUCCCUUAUUCGUAAUUUUUAACAUAAUGUUAUUAAUAUCUUGUACAUUAUCAAAAAUAUAUUUUAAUGAACAUCAGUCCAUUCCCCUUUCAUUGGUUAUUUUACUAAAUCCAUCUGGUCUAACUUGGGAUUGAACUCGGGUUACCUGGUAUCCAAUGUUGAUUUUAUCUGCCUUAGUCCACAUCUUAAACUAAGGCUGAAACUCAAUUCUUCAAUGAGUGAAGAUAAUAGAGUGCUGCCUCGACAUGAUAUUCUGAGAAGACAUGAUGAUGCAUUUAUAUAAAGAAGAUAUGGUGUAGGGUGUGUUACAAAGGAUAUGUAUAUAUAUCAUUGUUAGGAUUUCAUGCUGCAUGAAGUUUCAGCGGCUUUGACCAAAGUAUAUUUGGAUUGGUCAUCAAUGAGGACAAUGUACUGUUUCUUUUCCCUUCUGUUAACUGAUUCACGUCCAUUUUUUCAGAAAAUUCGAUUUUUAAAAAAAGUGUGUUUUCAUGGUGGCUUAUGAUUCAUAAAGUAAAUGAAUGCUGAUAGAUCGUACUUCUUUUCAAUGCUGUUCCUUUUCUUUUCUAUAUGUGAGUUUCUAGCACUUUUCGAAUUAGAAAUUCUAAAAAGCCAUGUAUCAUGCGACAAUAAAGAUUACACCGAGGAGCCAUUGUUUUUGGUUACAAAGAAUGAUGUUUUGAGAGCUUGGUCUGUAUAUAUUGACAUGCCAUCAAAUAUCUUCAAAUUUAAGUGAUGUCUCUGAGAUAAGCAUACAUUUUUUUGAUUGAGGCUGAAAUUAGAUGCUGCUGAGAAAUUGUAAUAAAAUGAAAAUCCAUCUCUGAUUUAUCCCUUUGGGAAUCUGACUUUUUCUUGGGGUUCAUCCUAUUCACAUCUACUAAAUUCAGAUUCUGAAGACUGGCUUCUUUCAUGCUGAUCCUCACCCUGGUAAUCUCGCUAUUGAUGUUGAUGGAUCACUCAUCUACUACGACUUUGGAAUGAUGGGAGAUAUAAAAUCUUUCACUCGGGAAAGGCUGUUAGAACUGUUUUAUGCUAUUUAUGAGAAGGACGCAAGAAAGGUACACCAUGAAGGUUUAUUGCUCCAACUAUCUAGUUUCCGUUUGGUUUUCUACAAUAUGAAGUUUUCACUAUGGCCCAUAUUUACUUUUUCUGUGUUUCAAUAAAUAUUGAACAAAAUUAUGUUCAUUCUGAUUAGCUUCUGCCCUGUGUUUCCACAGGCAUGCUGUACGGUCGGAUAAUUAUUAUCAUACAGCUUUGAAUGCUUUAAAUGUUAUUAUUAAUAUUAUUUAUUUUUUUUAACAAAGAAUGCUAAAUUCCUUGGAGAAUGAAUAUCAAAUAAUUAUGGAAUUCGAAAUCAAGCUUUGAAUACUUUGAGUCGUGCCUUUUUUGUGUAAAGAUCGUAGAAAAUGUGUGUCAUGGAAUAGAAGUUGGGCUAAAGUUACUAAAGGUCUGCUUUCAAAAAGUACCUGGUGCACGAAAAGCUCUAUGAAAUGUCCCUCAGUAUAUUAACUAUUCAUUAUUGUGGAUUGAAAAUUUACGUACCAUGGAGGAGAAACAGUAUUCUUUCAUAUGAUAUGAAUUUCGAAUUCCUCUACUUGAGGAGACAAGCCUCUCUUGCUUUACCUUGCUAAAGAGGCUAGCUUUGUUGCAGGUUAUGCAAAGCCUCAUUGAUCUUGGAGCUCUACAACCGACAGGAGACAUGUCUGCGGUUGGUAUUUCUUGUUUGUUUUUCCCUUGUCAUAUUAAAAAUAAUAAUAAGAAUAAUAACUGGCUCUAUAUCUGGCGUCGUCUUCUUUUCUAGGUAAGAAGAUCUGUGCAGUUUUUCUUGGACAAUUUACUGAACCAGACACCAAACCAAGAGCAGACGUUGGCUGCAAUUGGUGAGGUGGGUCCUAGAUCUCGCUCAGAAAAAAGUAUUCGUUUGGAUAUGUUUUCCAAUCCUUUGAUGUGUUGCAGCAUCACUGAAUGUUUAAAAAUCUUCAUGCAGGAUUUGUUCGCAAUCGCAACGGAUCAGCCUUUCCGAUUCCCUGCCACGUUUACGUUUGUUUUAAGAGCGUUUUCCACACUUGAAGGUGCAGCCCUUAUGUUAAUUUCUUUCACUGAUCUCUCUAUCCGUGCCUGCUCUUUUUAAAGGUGAUUCCAUCAAUGUGUUGAUGCCCUGAGAGUAUAUAUGAGCAACUGAUUCCCUUUUUACGUAAUUCCAUUGAAACACUGGUUUUUCGGUGAAAUUAUCAGGACUAUUAGGUGCCUGUCUGUAAAAUUAAUGAAUAGCAUCCAAGGAACUAGAACAAUAUAUAAUCGUCCAUUUCUCACGACCAUUCUUUCUAGCUCAAUAGAAGCAAGUAUGAAGGAAAAGCUUCAUGUAUGUUGCGGUAUCAAUUUUUUUCUUUUGAAAAGCUUCUUUAUGACGCUUCACAGGAAUUGGGUACAUACUGGAUCCGGAUUUUUCUUUUGUAAAAAUCGCUGCGCCUUAUGCACAGGUGACCUUCUAUGUUUGUCUUUCUUCCUGAAUGAUUUUUACUCCACAAAUCCCCAUGAAUCUUCAUUUGAAACGUAAUAUUACUUUAUGUGGUAAUAUUUCGUGUAACUUUUCUUGAAUCGCAGGAAUUAUUGGACAUAAGACAGAGGCAGCGUCCUGGGACAGAAAUCGUUGACCAGCUAAGAAGACAAGCCAACGAUGUAUUUCCUCUUACCCAUUCCCCUUCAUUGUUUCUAAAAUAUCCAUUAAAAGACAGAAAAACACAUGAGCUUGAGAUGAGCUUCAACUCUAAGCAUUAUUUCUCCUCUUCCUUUGCCUAAUGCGGCUGGGAAGAGAUGGAAGACCUCUGAGCGAGAGUUUCCUAUUUCAGGAGCCUAAAACAUUUCAUCUUCUCCUCAUUCCUUUCUCUAUUGAAAGCAAGAACUCCUGAAAACAUCUGUGUAGAAAUUAUCACCGACUUUAGGUCUCCUGCUGCUUUUCUCUUAGCCCUCUUCCUCAUCUCAUGAAUUACGACUCCCUAGCCACGUUUGGCGGCUCAUCCUUGUGAAAACUCUGAAGCCCACUUCUAACAUAAAACUGUAAGUUGCAGAUGAUGUAGUUUUCUAGACAUAUUUAGAUAAAAAAUUUGGGUAUUUUUCUCCCAAAAUGUUUUCCACAUGUCUGUUUGUCCUCAUCUUUGAAAAGUUUGAAGAAGUUGCCAAAAAGCUCGUUUGCAUUUUUUAUUUUUAUUUUACCUCUCCUGAAUUACAUAUGAUUUGGUUUCCUCGAUAUAUUCUAAUUAAAAAUCAUUAUUUUUCUCCCAGAAAAAAAAUCCACAUUUGGCAAGUCGUCCUCCUGACGUCUGAAUCUGUCACAAACAAAAUACUUUAAUUUUUUACUUCUUCUAAGUUGCAAAUGAUGUGGUUCCCUUGAAGAUUUUAAUGAAAACUGGGUUAUUUUUCUCCCCAAAAUAAUUCCACAUUUGACAAGUCAUUGUCAGGACAAGUCCAAAGCUUGCCCCCCCAAAAUAAUCGUUUACAUUCUCAAAAAAUAAAAAAAAGAAUAAUAUCAUGUUUUUUUAACCUCUCCUUAGAUGCAUGUGAUGUGGUUUCCUUGAUCUUUUUUCCCCUGAAAAACGGGGCUAUUUUCUCUCCUCUCCAAAAGGGAAAGGAAAAAAAAAAGCCGACAUCUUUUCUUGUUCCCAACAGGCAAGAAACUCGACCAUCUCAAUGCCCUACCGGGUUCAACGGAUAGAGGAGUUCGUGAAGCAGCUCGAGGCAGGAGACCUGAAACUCCGAGUUAGAGUCCUUGAGGUAACCAUUCAAAUAUUUCCCAUCCUAAGAAAUUUGGAAAAUCAAUAAUAGGUCAGGAAAAUUUAGGGACCUCUUGAUCAAUGAUUUCCUCUCUCCUCUGCCAGUCCGAGAGAGCAGCCAGGAAGGCCUCGAUCCUGCAGAUGGCCACCAUCUACACUGCUCUGGGUGGGACCCUCCUCAACGUUGGGGUCACCGUCGGCAGCCAAGGGAACCCCUUCGUCUCGAACGGCUCGUUCAUCGGCGCCGGUAUUCAUGUCUAUUUGCCAGAUUAUUUCUAUCAUUUCCUUAGUGUGAACCAUAUAAUAUCCGAUCAUAAUACCCUCUCCCGCCUCUUGCCACUCCUAGAAACAGAAAUAUCCUCCAUUUAUACCCAUCCAAUGGGCUUCAGGAAAUAUCUGCAUGAGCUUGCUCCGAACCAAUAAUAUCAUGCCCUCAUGCAGCUGCCAGAAGUGGAGAUAUCUGCCAUCCAUAGCAUGUCCACGACCUGCGGUUCCAUCCUAAGCUUGGCCGUCGCAUUAUUUUUGCCCUGCCCUUAGUUUGAACCAUAUGGUGUCAAAUCAUGUACCCUGAUGAGCUUUUAUUCGAUGUUUGACCGUGCAGGCGUUUUCUUGAUCUUGUUGGUGAGAUCCAUGCGGAGGGUCAAGAGACUCGAUGAGUUCGAGAAGAAGAUUUAA